GGGUGAGAGUAACUCGCGCACGCAUCCUCAUUCCUCUGGAACCUCCAUCGGCGUCAAACCCUAUCUGCCUCCCUUCCUCCUCCGUCUCUCUUCUGAUUACUAUCCUCUGCUCCUCGAUUCCCAGCCUUCUCCCUCAAUUGAAUCUCCCCAUGAAAUUCGCUCUUCCAGAUUCUAUGGUUUCGUCGUUGAUCCCGUUUUCCGACGCAGUUCUUCUUUAAUAAAUCGCCCGAAUCCCUAACCCUAGAAAUUUCUGUUCCCUUGCCAUGGAGGGCUCUGCAGAGGAUCUCGGAGCCCCGGAGUCAUGGGAAGCCGCCGAUUUGGACGAGUCCAUGCGGCGCUUGAUGCUCUCCUCCAGCAAAGACUCCAAGCCCGCGGAAGUGCCUGACGCCUCAUCUUCGUCAGCUGCCUUCGGGCUGGCCACUGCGUCGUCUUCUUCGUCAGCGUCCACUUCCUCUCCUGGAGAGAAGGUUCUGGAGGAUCUCACCAACCAGGUUGAUCAGUUCCUCCGCGAAGCCAUUCAGAACCCUCGCGAACGGUUAUCAAUUUUGAGGAUGGAGCAAGAUGUUGAGAAAUUUGUCCGGGAUCCUAAACAACAGCAACUUGAGUUUCAGCAGCUGCCAACCUCCUAUUUACGGUUGGCUGCACACCGGGUGGCGCAGCAUUAUUCACUGCAGUCAAUGGUUUUACUGGAUAAUAGUUUGCCAGAUGGGUCUGGUUCCAAAAUAAUUGUCCGCAAGACUUCUGAGUGUCGGCUUCCUCCUAUUCGACUUGCUGACAUUCCUGUGAAAUUACCUUCUGAAGACAAUACAGUUAUGAAAGUUGCCAUCAAACAGAGGCCGCAGAAACAUUCACAGGUUGCUAAUAGCUCAAAUUCAAGCUCAGUAAAGAGUAACAACUCUAAAAGUGUGGAGGAAAGGAAAGAGGAAUAUAAUAAGGCCCGUGCUAGGAUAUUUAAUUCUGGCAGCAAUACUGGUAACGUUGGUGGGAAGCCUGAAUGUGAAGCAAGGCAGCACGAUAACUCUUUGCCUGUUUCCUUAGGAAUUUCUAGGGUGGAGGAUAAAUCUCCUUCUGUAUCUGAUGCAAGCUAUGGAAGGGGGUUGGUUGAGUGUUCAACAAAUACCAGUAGGGCUAGAAGUAGGGCAGCAGAGAAGGAGCCAGCUGUUAGGUACAAGCAAGGUAGUAGGGUGGCUAUUUUCCGGGAUCGUGAGACUGAGCGCAAGGAUCCUGAUUAUGAUAGAAGCUAUGAUAGGUACAUGCAAAGAUUUGAUCCUGGUUUUGGGUUCAAUGGAGGGUCAUACGCCAUUCAGCCAAUGUAUACCCCUAUAUUGAAUUACAACACUGAGUUUCCUCAGCUUGGAUCUACACAUGGACCUCAACUUUCUACUGAACAUCAACCACGACCAAUGCCCCAACAUCUUCCUGGGCCAUGGGCUGCCCCAUCAACACCUGCUGGGAUUGGGUAUGGACAUCCAGAGCCUAUGAUGUCACCAUUCAGUCCCAAUCAAGUUGGGGCUCACUCCUCAUCAACUAUGUUCUUGCAUUCAUCUCAGUAUCCUUGUCAGCGCCCUGGGAUGCCUUUCAUCCAUCAUGAACAUGUUCACCAGCCGUUUACACAGCCUCAUCAACAACCACCUGAUGCGAGUUUUGGAUUGGCCCGGCCCCGGUGAGGGGCUUGGGCCAUGCCUGCGCCCAGUCAGCCAGAGCUUUAUGAUGUAGGAUGAUGGGCUUUCCGUACUCCAUUUUCACUUUAAGCUGACUGAAGUGCAGGCAUGUUGGCCGAGUUGGAUUGGAAUGGACCUUUAAUUCUGAAACACCACAAUCCAUUUCUCCAUGCUCGGUUUUUGCAAGGAUGCGUUUGCAUCUUAAAUGAUUGAUAUUCCUUGUGGGUAUUCAACUUAUUUUGAGCUUAUUAAUUGCUGCUGCUGAUGAAGAAUGAGUUGAAGGUGUUUUCGGAGCUGAGGAAGAAUGAGCUAGACUUCGACAAAGCUACCCUCAGCGCUCAAGGAAUUGCGAUAAAAGAGCUCGGCAGGUCAAUUGCUGCUGCGUUGCGGGAGCUUUGAUGCUUGUCUAGCGGGAGUUGUUCGAGCUCCAGUUGCGAACUAUAGAUUUUACAGUAGCCCGGUGAAUAAUCCUUAACAUGUACUAUAUAUACACACAAACAUAUGGCGGACUUUUUCUGGAUUUUAGAUUGUAUAUUUAAUUCGCUUUCUGCCAUUCAUUUGAAUGUCU